AUGAAUUCCAAGGAGUACAUUGAGAAUGGUUAGUGACAGCGGGCUAAGGCGGUAAGGGGGUCAAGAUCUACGGCCAUUGUUAUGAAAGGUUCAUUCUACUGUUGUGAGGCCCAGAUCACUGGCUUGAAUCUGAAGUCAAUUAUCGGAUUAAAGAGUACAGAGAAAACCCCUGUGAUCUUGUUAAUAAUCCCUGUUUGCUUGGAGAACUGUCGUGGGGCUGGCCUGCAUGUCAGCUAAGUGAUUACACAAGGUCUGAUCCCCAGGCCCACCACGGUGGAACUACAUGGGCAAAGGGAGUGUGUGUGUGUGUGUGUGUCCAGCUGCACACUGACCAUGCCAGAGGUUAUAACCAACCUGUGAGAGACAUAGUGUAUAGAUUACAAUGCUUUUUGAAUGAGAGCUUCACCGUUACCAUAAAAGGCUCUUAUGAUACUGUAAUCUCCGUAAAAUCCUAUAGAACUCCCCUCUGUUUGCCCAUAAGGAAAAGCUUAUAGGGUAUGAGCAGGGUGUUUGUACAGUAUGGAUGUGCAGGCUUUGACUUGCGCCUACCACGGCAGACCAUUUCCAUGGAAAUUUGAGGUAUGCCUACUCACACAUACCCAGCGUGAACUCACUCAUCUGGAAUCUUUACUGUUUCCUCCCGGCUGAAUCCGCUUUGCCUCAAACUCUGACUGCCAUAAGUAAUAGGAUAUAUUAGCAAACCCUAAACAAACACGAAACAGGGAAGUUAGGCAAACACCAAUGUAACCGCUUAUCAGUAUGAAAAAUGUAAGCACUCACUACUGUAAGUCGCUCUGGAUAAGAGCGUCUGCUAAAUGACUAAAAUGUACAAUUGUAAAAUGUAUAACAUAAUAGUUACAUUUUCAUACUCUGUGUUUUUAACUCACAUUCCCAUUUCUCCCGGCUUGGGUUGACAGACUAAUAACAGUCUCCCUGAAGAGUGGUCAUACACAAACGAUGAAGACAGCCGUGUCCCGUGGGGGACUUUGUUGGUUCAACUGAAUCAUCUAGGAAAGAGUUCGAAUGGUUCAGGAAGAGAGGGGACGAGAGAGGGGCCACUAACCCUCAGGACCAGUGUGUGGAGGCAGUACUCUUCAAACGGAGCUGUUUUCAACAUUUUACAGGACCAUAACGUUUUUACAAAGCACCCUCCUCCCUGUUAGUCUCUCUCCUGGGUGAACCGUGAAUCCCAGGUCGGGCCAGGAACAACCGUUCCACUGUACUCCUGGCAGGCGACAGUCCGGAGACCGGAUUCCUGCAGAAUUGUUUUGUUUUUACAGCAUCUCAUUAGGGCCUCCUAAUUACACACGCUGAAAGAGAGGUGGAACAGGACGAAGGUGGAAAAAUAGACAAUGCUGAGAAAAAUCCCAAAUCUUAUUGAAAUAUGACGAAUGCUUCAAAUUGGUCUGUUGAUGUUCAAUAUUGUUCUUACAUGUAUGAUUGUAGAGUCAAUGUCAGGGAGGUAUGAGUGUGUGAGAGGAAAAACUAGAUAAGGAACUAGAAAAAGGAGAUUAGGAAUCUUAGUAGUUUUGAUGCCAAACACACACAGAGGAAAUCUCUCUCUCCUGCUGUGACACAGUUCAUGUUUGCCCAAAGCCAGAGUGAUACCAUCAGUGGAGACGGCUUGGCUGCAGCCUGACACAUUUACACCAUCUGGGCUGCCUCUACCAACAAGAUAUAAGACCCCUUCAUUAUCAUUCCCAGUUUAAUGUGGCUUCUAUUGCCAGGCAAACUCUUGUAAUUGACCAUAACUUUGGCCUCAAUGUCCUGUUAUCUCGACAUAUCCCUGGAGCUUUAGAAGAGAAGAUGGUUGCAUCAGAAAAGCCAUAUACAGUGCAUUCGGAACGUAUUCAGAUCCUUUCCCUUUUUCCAAAUGUUGUUACAUUACAGCGUUAUUCUAAAAGAGAUCAAAUAUAUAUUUUUUCUCAUCAAUCUACACACAAUACCCCAUAAUGACAAAGUGAAAACAGGUUUUUAGAUUUUUUAGCAAAUGUAUUCAAAAUAAAAAACAGAAAUAGCUUAUUUACAUAAGUAUUCAGACCCUUUGCUAUGAGACUCGAAAUUGAGCUCAUCCUUGAGAUGUUUCUACAACUUGAUUGGAGUCCACCUGUGGCAAAUUCAAUUGAUUGGACAUGAUUUGGAAAGGCACACACCUGUCUAUAUAAGGUCCCACAUUUGACAGUGCAUGUCAGAGCAAAACACAUGCCAUGAAGUUGAAGGAAUUGUCAAUAGAGCUCCAUGACAGGAUUGUUUCAAGGCACAUAUCUGGGGAAGGGUACCAAAACAUUUCUGCAGCAUUGAAGGUCCCCAAGAACAUAGUGGCGUCCAUCAUUCUUAAAUGGAAGACGUUUGGAACCACUAAGACUCUUCCUAGAGCUGGGCAAUCAGGGGAGAAGGGCCUUGGCCAGGGAGGUGACCAAGAACCCGAUGGUCACUCUGACAGAGCUCCAGAGUUCCUCUGUGGAGAUGGGAGAACCUUCCAGAAGGACAACCAUCUCUGCAGCACUCCACCAAUCAGGCCUUUAUAGUAGAAUGGCCAGACGGAAGCCACUCCUCAGUAAAAGGCACAUGACAGCCCGCUUGGAGUUUGCCAAAAGGCACCUAAAGGACUCAGACCAUGAGAAACAAGAUUAUCUGGUCCGAUGAAACCAAGAUUCAACUCUUUGGCCGGCAAGGACUGGGAGACGAACGGAGCAAAGUACAGAGAGAUCCUUUAUGAAAACCUGCCACAGAGUGAUCAGGACCUCAGACUGGGGCGAAGGUUCACCUUCCAACAGGACAAUGACCCUAAGCACACUGCCAAGACAACGCAGGAGUGGCUUUGGGACAAGUCUCUGAAUGUCCUUGAGUGGCCCAGCCAGAGCCCGGACAUGAACCCAAUCGAACAGCAGCGACGCUUCCCAUCCAACCUGACAGAGCUUGAGAGGAUCUGCAGAGAAGAAUGGGAGGAACUCCCCAAAUAAUAUAAUAAUAAUAUGCCAUUUAGCAGACGCUUUUAUCCAAAGCGACUUACAGUCAUGUGCACAUACAUUUUUACGUAUGGGUGGUCCCGGGAAUCGAACCCACUACCCUGGCGUUACAAGCGCCAUGCUCUACCAAUUGAGCUAUAGAGGACCACACAGGUGUGUCAAGCUUGUAGCGUCAUACCCAAGAAGACUCAAGGCUGUAAUCGCUGCCAAAGGUGCUUCAACAAAGUACUGAGUAAAGAGUCUGAAUACUUAUGUAAAUGUCAUAUUUUCAUUUUAUUUAUUUUUUAUAAAUGUGCAAAAUUUUCUAGAAACCUGUUUUUGCUUUGUCAUUAUGAGGUAUUUUGUGUAGAUUGAUGAGGGGGAAAAAACAAUUUAAUCCAUUUUAGAAUAAGGCUGUAACGUAACAAAAUGUGGAAAAGGUCAAGGGGUCUGAAUACUUUCCGAAUGCACUGUAUUACCAACACAGACUGCUGGUCGCUUGUUAAUGUGAAAAACUCAUGAAUCUAUCUCAUAUUCCAGCUCCUGGAGGCAUAAGGCAAUCUGUGAUGGGGUUGGGCCCUGUGCUUUGACCUGGAUUUAAACCUUUAUUUUAAGCCUUUUCCAUAAAUGAGAAUUAGACCAAAAAUGUAAGCAAUUGUCUGAGGAUGGUGCUGGACCAUCUGACAUAAAAAGAAAAGGUGAUUAGUUUGAUGGAAAAUCUUUAAAUGAAGGUUAAAAUCCAGGUCAUGUUAAAUGAUUAACCAAAACACAGGGCCCUAGUGAUGAACCAUACCAAAAUAGUUCAAGGUGGGGGGAUAAGAGGUCAAAGUGUAAACCUUUGCUAGGUAUGUGUGAGAUUCACAGUUAGGAUGCAUGCACACCCACUUGAGGACAACAGCAGACACAUUGUGUUGAGAGAACUUGACUUGUGUCCUUGCUGGUAGAUUCCACAGCAUUCCAGAAAGUGCCUGUGAGUGAGACCUCUGUUUCAGCGCCAGUGGAUGGACACUGGGAAAGUGAACUGGGACAUGUUCACAUAGGGCCUGAUGAUACCCCCAAAAAUAUUAAGGUCAGGGGGUAAAUCUGAAUGGAAUGUGGGCAGGGAAUGGAUGAACAAUGAACACCACCAUCACUACCAAAACAUGCCCCAACAUCUCAGGAAUUCCUCUGCCUGCCUGUGGGCUAUAAUCACUCGAUCCACUAAUAACGAUAAAUGUGUCUUCGUUCAGGUGUUUCAUCAAAUUCUACAGUAUAUGAUGGAAAAUGUUGCAGAUACCUUAAUUACUGUGUUUUGUUCUGAGUCAGGGAUAAUCCACAUGGACCACUGGAAACCGCUUGCAUGAUAAGCAAAUGGAUGGCACACAUUACACCGGUUUGAAGGUCUCUGCACUGGCUGCCUGUGAGUUUUAGAAUAUAUUUUAAGAUUCAUCUAUUUGUUUUUAAAUCAAUCCACGAUUGUGCACCUCAAUACAUGUCAGACAUGCUUUUUAGUUAUGUACCCAGUAGGUCCCUCAGGUCCUCUGGCACUGGCCUAUUAACUAUCCCAAAACCUAGGACCAAGAGGCAUGGAGAGGCAGCCUUUAGUUACAAUGACCCCAGCCUCUGAAAUAGCCUGCCAGAGAACCUGAGGGGGGCCGAAACUGUGGACAUAUUUAAAAGGGAUCUUCAAAUACCCCUUUUUAGCUGUGCUUUUCCGUAGUGUGCUUUUUAGUCUUUCAGCUUUUAUUAUUAUUUAGUUUUUUAUCCUCAGAUGUUUGUUGUGUAGUAAAUGUUUUAUUGUUUUGUUUUAUUUAUUUGUUUUUCUUGUGCAGCGCAUUGCGUUGCAUCCAUGUCUGAAAUGUGCUAUAUAAAUAAAGCUUGAUUUGAUUUAAUAUACUGUAGUAGCCUACAUUAUAGCCUGCUUAGUAAGUCCAUGUCUGUUGCUUUUUUGGCAACUGUAGGCUAUCAGGGACUCAGAGCCAUGCACAGACCUUUUUCAGUGUGCAAGAUCUCACCUCGUGGAGUUGCAAUGAUCAUGAGAACGGUGAGGAAUCAGCCCAGAACUACACAGGAGGAUCUUGUCAAUGAUCUCAAGACAGCUGGGACCAUAGUCACCAAGAAAACAAUUGGUAACGCACUACGCCGUGAAGGACUGAAAUCCUGCAGCGCCCGCAAGUUCCCCCUGCUCAAGAAACACAUAUACAGGCCCGUCUGAAGUUUGCCAAUGAACAUCUGAAUGAUUCAGAGGUGAACUGGGUGAAAGUGUUGUGGUCAGAGACCAAAAUGGAGCUCUUUGGCAUCAACUCAACUCGCCUUGUUUGGAGGAGGAGGAAUUCUGCCUAUGACCCCAACACCAUCCCCACCUUCAAACAUGGAGGUGGAAACAUUAUGCUUUGGGGGUGUUUUUCUGCUAAGGGGACAGGACAACUUUACCGCAUGAAAGGGACGAUGGACGGGGCCAUGUACCGUCAAAUCUUGGGUGAGAACCUCCUUCCCUCAGCCAGGGCAUUGAAAAUGGGUCGUAGAUGGGUAUUGCAGCAUGACAAUGACCCAAAACACACGGCCAAGGCAACAAAGGAGUGGCUCAAGAAGAAGCACAUUACCGUCCUGGAGUGGCCUAGCCAGUCUCCAGACCUUAAUCCCAUAGAAAAUCUGUGGAGGGAGCUGAAGGUUCGAGUUUCCAAACGUCAGCCUCGAAACCUUAAUGACUUGGAGAAGAUCUGCAAAGAGGAGUGGGACAAAAUCCCUCCUGAGAUGUGUGCAAACCUGGUGGCCAACUACAAGAAACGUCUGACCUCUGUGAUUGCCAACAAGGGUUUUGCCACCAAGUACUAAGUCAUGUUUUGCAGAGGGGUCAAAUCCUUAUUUCCCUCAUUAAAAUGCAAAUCAAUUUAUAACAUUUUUUACAUAUGUUUUCUGGAUUUUUUGUUGUUAUUCUGUCUCUCACUGUUCAAAUAACCUACCAUUAAAAUUAUAGACUGAUCAUUUCUUUUUCAGUGGGCAAACGUACAAAAUCAGCAGGGGAUCAAAUACUUUUUUCCCUCACUGUGGAUAUAGAUACUUUUGUACCUAUCCUCCCGAUACAAUUAACUUUUUGUACUGAAUACAAAGUGUUAUGUUUGGGGCAAAUCCAAUUCAACACAUUACUGAGUACUACUCUCCAUAUUUUCAAGCAUAGUGGUGGCUGCAUCAUGUUAUGGGUAUGCUUGUAAUCGUUAAGGACUGGGGAGUUUUUCAGGAUAAAAAAAAAACGGAAUAGAGCUAAGCACAGGCAAAAUCCUAAAGGAAACCUGGUUCAGUGUGCUUUCCACCAGACACUGGGAGAUGAAUUCACCAUUCAGCAGGACAAUAACCUAAAACACAAGGCCAAAUCUACACUGGAGCUGCUUUCCAAGAAUACAGUUAAUCUUCCUGAGUGGCCAAGUUAUAGUUUUGACUUAAAUCUGCUUGAAAAUCUAUGGCAAAACUUGAAAAUGGUUGUCUAGCAAUGAUCAAGAACCAAUUUGACAGUCCAGGUGUGCAAGGCUCUUAGAGACUUACCCAGAAAGACUCAUAGCUAUAACCGCUGCCAAAGGUGAUUCUAACAUGUAAUGACUCAGAGGUGUGAAUACUUAUGUAAAUGAGAUAUUUCUGUAUUUCAAUUUCAAUAUAUUUGCAAAAACUUCUAAAAACAUGUUUUCAGUUUGUCAUCAUGGGGUAUUGUGUGUAGAUGGGUGAGAAAAAAAUAUAUUUAAUCCAUUCUUAAUUCAAGUUGUAACACAACAAAUGUGGAAUAAGUCAAGGGGUUUGAAUACUUUCUGAAGGCACACAUAUUCUGGAGCGCAGGCCAGGUACAUCUCUGCGCGUUCAAAUAACACUGGACAAGAUGGCGAAAACGGACACAUGCUCUCCAAACAAAGACAAUGAAGAAACUUGGCGUCUUGUGGCCAUGGGUUUUGAACAACAAUGACAAAGAAAUAUAGCCUAUACAACACUUUUGGGGGGAAAUUAUACCACCAACCAAAAGGGCACUUUGGAGACUGGAAUUGCAAAGGUGCAUGUGCUUGGCAAAGGUAGUGCACGUGCCUGCAGGUAGUGCACGAGCCUGCAGGGACUAAUACUUUUAAGAGCCUGUAGCAAUGUGUGUUUUUCAGCAUCUCUUCGGCUCUAAUUGGCAGGUGGCAUUUGAUAUAGCUUUAGGCUUUUCACAUUUGAUUCACUCCCAACCCAUGUGCCAAGGACUACUCCGGAGAGGAGAAAAAAGUUACCGUUUCACUUGGGAUUUUUUGCAGCUGGAGGAUACAAUGAUCUUGAGCUGAGGGCUUCAAAAUGUCCCAAUCUUCACUCUCACCAUCCUAAAAGCAGAUUUUUAUCCAGCUGAGACAUGCUACGGCUUUUGUGUACAGCUGGGGCGCUAGGACCGCGAGGGAGAGCGCCUCUAAAUUUAUUUUCAGUUACAUUUUCAGUUAUUUGUAAGCGCCUUUGAACCGAACAGCCGUUUAAGCGACUCACAGGGACAGACAGUUACAUUGAGUAGGAACACAAGCCUAUAGUUGACUCUCAUCGAUAAACUUUGCUUGGACCGAAUUGAUUUGGAUACGUAUUUUAACUGGCGACCAGCUCUCUGCGGGACUGUGAAGAAAGACGGAUACCUGUCACACUGAAGAGAUGGGAGGUAUCUGGAGAAUUGAGAUGCCCGGUGGUUUUGAAGGGGGCGAAAACCUGGAUAGGAUUUAAACACAGACUCUGUUUAACUGUUUAACAAAAGGUACUGUGUGCAUUUAUUGUUUUACUCAUUGUAAGUAGACUAAUAAUUUGUUAAUAAUUAUUUUGAAUAUAGUUAUAACUGGUUUGUUACCAAGAGGCCACGUUGUAAGAUUACUUUUCUUACCUGGGAAAUCUGUUACAAAGUAUCUAAUGUUGCUCCACUGGAUAGGCCUACUACUUACUGUAAGUGAAUCUUGCAUUGUUAAACAUUAACUUUAGCCACAGCCUACCUUUUCCCUCAGCCCCACUGCAUUUUUCAGUAAGCUGAGUAUACUGCCUCCUAGCACUAUUCCUCUGUAUUGGUGCGUCUCAAUAGUUACAGGGCAAGGUAAACAUCAUCUGUUGUCUUUGGGGUCUGACAACAACCCGAGGAGUGGACAUGGGACAGUACUACGAUCACUCAUGAUGUUGGUGAAUGACAAAAGACCCAGUGAGGGGCUUUCAGGACAAAGCUUGGGCCCUGCGAAGCAGGUUGUUCUCAGAAUUACAGAGCCUUCACUUAAGGGUCAAAGGUGAGCUGUAGAAUGCCGACAGGUUUCAGAUGUACAGAGGUCCAUUACUGGAAUGUUUGUGUGCCUUUGUAGCUUAUAUAGGUGUAUUGGUGCUUGUUAAAAACUCUCAGCAUCUAUCAGUGGGCUAUAACCUUCAGUUGUCAGAAAUGGGAUCCAGGUGGAAAUACCUAAUUAAAUUGACUGGAAUUGAAGUGCAUUUGACAUUACUCUGAUGCAAAGUGUUGACAGUUAGUUGAGGUCCAGUGCCUUGUUUAAGAGAGGAUUCCAUAAGGUUGUUAGGCACUGUUUGGCUCUACAAUGUGUUAGAGCUGGAGGAUCUUUCUAAUGUGGGGAUCAGUUUACUGUUGUGUACUUUGGGACUUAAAAUGGAGGGUCACCCAAACCAAACUCACCCCUCCACAGACUUUUGGAAAAUGGACUCACCAUGAUAUAUGUUGGACUGUGUUAUUGCUUAUUUUGUGUCCUUCAUCAAGUGCUUCCUUAUUAUAGGUUUGUGUGGUUAGAUGUAUGAUUCUUCUCGACACGCUAUCCCACACUAUCCCCAAUUAAAGCUAGUCUGUUUUAGACCAUGGAAAUUAUAAAUGGCCCAGUCUAUACAGACUUUAAGAGCCCUGCUACCCCAGGCCCUCUUAAAAUAGAUUUAGAUGUGGACACAUGUUAAGUACUCUGACAAUGUGUUUGUAAUAAUGUCAGUGCAAAUUGAAUGGAACCCUAUUAAAGAUGGCUAAAUGUAGAUGUUUAAUGUGGAAGAGAUCAGAGACCAGGGUGUGGGGACUGCUGAUAGAGAAGGGUGUAGUUGUUUUUGACUGCAUAGCAGUGUAGGUCAGAAUAACCCCUAAAAUGGAGUCCCUAGGCUACAUCUGUUCAAGACAUGAGCACCUUUGAGUAACUGUAUCUUCUCUGGCUACACUAUGAUGAUAUAGAAUACAGUUGUGUGGCGGGAAUCGCCUGUGAUCGCCCCCGCCCUUCCCCCUCUUUGUGUGGCAAAUCCUGUCUGUAUGUCCAUGCCUCAACUUGCCUCGUUUCACUUUUAGACACCUGUCUCUUCUAGGCCACUAGAGCCUGAGGGUCCAUAGUUUUCAGACCUAUCGAGUGCCCCUGGUCCCUGUGAGCCUGCCAAGCACGCUCAUACAUAGAAAGGUAGUUAAUGUUUGAUGGCAGGCACCACCUUGCCCCAGAGGUUUAUCAUAAAUAUGAUUUGAGACACUUUUCAACAAGCUGUAAUACAGUCCCCUUCAGUCCUUCUAUCCUCCCACACAUACACAGCACAGUAGCCAAGAUUAAAAAUGUUAUGAUACAAGUUAAUUGGCAGACAAAUAGGCUGUGUAACCAUAUGCAGUGUAAUAUUUUCCACCACGACUGAUAUCCAAUGUGUGCCCCAACACCUACUUUCCAUCUGUACUUAUCUUGUGUACAUAAUCAGAUGUUUCUCUCCUGAGGCUAGUAUAUCAAACCUCCCUUUAAGCACUAAGGCCACUAGCAGAACUGAUAUUUUAAUGCUUGUCAGCCCCUUGUAGCAGGGUUUAAAAUCCAAUUUUCUGAAUAGCCCACAGUAUAGACAGGAACAAGAGCUGCAUUGUUACCUGCGUUAGCUGAUCCCGCGUGUAUAGGCUCUGAGGGAGGGGAUUUGGAAUCCACCUGUCAGAAUGAGAGUGGACUGCUUUUAUGGGGGAUUUCAGGUUGUGAGUGUUUGUGAAGGAUUCACUUAAAUCAGGGAGACAAGCCAGUGUUCUAAUCUCCACACCAUUUUGUUUAAUUAGUGAUGACCUGUUUUUAAGCGUCAUUAAUCAAACAGGGUUUCUGCAAAGUCCAUGUCGUCCCUCGUUAAUCUAUACCAUUCCAUUCCUCAAGGAUAAGUGGAUUCCUUGUUUAUUUUAUUUUGUGUAUUGUGGUGGAAUGUAGAUUAAAUGUUGUAUCUGUUUUUCAUUUCAGUGUUUUGCUCAACGACCAUGUCUCCACAUCCAAACUCUGGCCUGACUCAUCCCUCCACCUCAGUGCUGCUCCUCUCGCUCCUCCUCCCCCUCUCUCUGUCAUCCCGAGCCCUCCCUCACCAACAUCCCGUCCACCUCCCCUCACUGGUGCCUCAUGUACCCCUGCCCCUCUCCCGCUCUCGCUUCAGUGCUGAGACUCAAUUGGACUUCACCACUCACUGCAACGCCAGCUGCUACCACAAGGGAGAGCAAGAGAGCAGGCUAGAGCACCUGAGUGAGCAUCUGGCCUUCGAGACGCUCUAUGCGGAUGGUUCUCGUACCCUCACCACUAUGGAUGUGGAGGACGAGGAUGAUUAUGAGGGCACUAUCAGUGCUGCCAUUCAACCAUCACUAAUGAGAAGACGGAGAGUUACCAGUAGGCACAGGCGUCAGAAACGACAGAUCUACGGGGCUGAUGGUCGCUUCAACAUCCGCGGUGACCACUUCCUGUUGGACUACCCAUUCUCCACAGCUGUGAGGAUCUCCACCGGCUGCACCGGGGUCCUGGUGUCUCAACGCCACGUUCUGACCGCUGCCCACUGCGUGCAUGAUGGGAAGGAUUACGUCAAGGGAGCCCGUAAGCUGAGGGUGGGCUUCCUGACUCCUCCGUACAUCAACGGCACCAAGCCUAGCCAGACCCCCACCAAGAAGCACCUGGUGCGCUGGGUCCGGGUCAAAAGCACUCGUGUCCCCAAAGGCUGGAUCCAGGGCCCCCAGGAGGUCAGCAUGGACUUUGACUACGCCCUCCUGGAACUGCGCUGGCCCCACCGUCGGCCCUUCAUGCGUCUGUCUGUGGCUCCUUCCUCUGACGACCUGGCAGGGAAACGCAUCCACUUCUCUGGGUUUGACAGUGAUAGGCCAGGGGAGCUGGUCUACCGCUUUUGUCCUGUGGAGGACGAGUCUAACGACCUGAUCUACCAGCACUGUGAUGCCCGGCCGGGGGCCAGCGGCUCGGGGGUGUACGGCCGUGUGUGGGACACGGCUCUGGAGCGCUGGGAGAGGAAAGUCAUCGGCAUCUUCUCUGGACACCAGUGGCUGGAAAUUGACGGGGAGAACCGCGACUACAACGUGGCUGUGAGAUUCACCCCGCUGAAGUUUGCCCAGAUCUGUUACUGGGUGCAUGGGAACCGAGUGGACUGUAGCCAGGACUGAGGGAGAGAAGGGGAGACGGGAUGAACUAAGAGAAGAUGGAGGCCAUGACUGAAAAGUGAUUAAAGUAAGCACAAAUUCCCUUAAAGGAGAUGUGGAGAGGAAAUUACUCCCCAACUCAUUCUGUAACGGGCAAGAGCGAAACUGGAUUUAAUCCUAAUAAAGAUUUAAAAUCUACAAUACUAUCUAAGAAAAUAGGACUGCUAAACCUCCAUGCGCCAUAACAUGUUUUCCUUGGAAAGGCGUCAACCACUGUGACUGUCCCUUACUCUGGAAAGUGCAGGAAUGUCCCUUUCCCUCAGUGAAUGUUAAUUUUUUCUGUCUCAGACGUAACUCGGUCCUUUGUCGGGGUCUAUGCCUCCUUUCUAACACUGCUGCUAUCAUCACAGCAACUUUCUAUGCACUUUUCCUCCUGGUCAGCUUCACAACACUGAGUCGAUAUUUCCACUGUAUUAAACAGAACCACUUUUAUUAGAGGGAAAAUAAAAACACUGAUCCUUUCCUUGCAUGCUCCCCGUCUCUCCUGUUUUAUAACUGUGGUAGGAGCCUUUCAUUUUCUACAAUGUACUGACCAGCUUUAGCCAAUGGAGGGAAGUACUGGACUUAUUUUCUUUGUAUAUAUAAUACUCUGCCAUUGUACUCUAUAAUACCGCGACCGCAUGAUUUUCAACACUUAGGAUCAAAUGUAUGGGUGUGGAGUUGAAUUUACAAAGACGUGGUGAGGGGACGGUUUAUUUGUUUAGGUAAUGUCUCCAAGAAUGUGAACGAUUUUGUUCUCAUUGUAUUAGAAAGACACCUGUUAAAAGGCAUACUUGUCCCCAAUGAUCCACAGAGGCAUACCUAGCCACACUGAAAACAUACUGAGCCUCAAUACACCAAACUUGUCGAAAAGGCUCAAAGGUAUAGAUGGUGAAAUCAAUAAAGGACAUUCUAAAAACCUAGGAGGGGGUUUCUUACUCUGAAUGCUGGCAGCAUAUCCAACUUGCUUUUGAGCGGAUUAGGGGGGGCAGGGAAAUCAGAAUGAUGGUAAUAAUUUAAUUUUUUGAAAAUGCCUAUAUCUAUUUUAAUAAACUGAGAUUUCUAUCAUGAUUGCUUGUCAUAGUUCUUGUGUUAUGGAAACCAGCGGGUAUACAAAGAAUGACUUGCUACUGUAAAAUGGAAUCCACUUUUCAGAAGUGGAGUUAGAGUGCCCUCUUGUGGUCAGUAUACAAAUAUAUUUAGGAUGCAUGAUGCCAGUGUCUCUUUAUAUAUACUGAACAAA